AUGAGUGCUCUCAAGAGAACAGCCAGCCACGCCAUUGAAGACUUCGCAACCGUGAUUCGCCACUGUGCCAAAUCCAAGGACUUGGCAAAGGGUCGCUGGAUACACAGCCAGAUUAUUUCAGAUCAAAAGGAAUACAGAGAGAACGUCUUCCUGGCCAAUUUGCUCGUCCAGAUGUAUGGCAAAUGCGGUAGCCCAAAUGAUGCCAAGCGAGUGUUUGACGCCAUCGACGCUAAGAACGUUUUCUCGUGGGCUGUUAUGAUGACUGCAUAUACCCAAAACGGGUAUCUGCAAGAUGCUAAGCUUAUCUUUGACGAGAUGCCCGAUCGGGAUACUGUUGCAUGGAAUACAAUGCUUGCAGCGUACGCACAACACGGGCAUGUAGACGAGGCAAAGAUUCUUUUUGAUUCGAUUCCAAAUCCCAACAUUGUUUCGUGGACGACAAUGCUUACAGCAUAUGCUCAAAGCGGGUAUAUGUGUAGCGCGAAGCAUAUGUUUGAUUCUAUGUCACCUCGCAAUGCAAUUGCAUGGACAUCAAUGCUUGCUGGAUAUGCAAGACUCGGAGGUAUCUUAGCAUCUCGAGGAUUGUUUCGAAAGAUGCCCCAGCAUGACACUAUAUCAGCUACUGCAAUGGUUUCGGCAUUUGCCGCGAGGGGCAAUGACAGAGAGGCGUGUGCCUUGUUCGAGAAUAUGCCGGAGAGGAACGUCUUCUCAUGGACGGCAUUGCUCCAGGGAUAUGCCGAGAAUCGUCUUCUAGACAAGGCAAAGAGCUACUUUGACAAGAUGCCAGCAUGGAAUCUUGUGCCGUGGACUGUGCUCGUCGUUUCAUAUGCUCAAUCCGAGCGGCUUGAGAUUGCACAAGACUUGUUUGUGGAGAUGCCCGAGCGGAGCAUAGUGACUUGGAAUGCCUUGUUGGCAGCGAUUGGGCAUGCCAAGUCUUUGGAGGAAGCGAAGCUUUUCCUUGUCACUAUGCCCGCAUGGAACUUGGUGACCAAAAACACAAUCUCUCAGAUCAAGGAAGUCAAACAAAGUUAA